AUGGAAGAGAAGAAGGCAGAAUCGACGAACAAAAAUGCUAAGAAGGCCAAUUUGUUGGACCACCACUCGAUCAAGCACAUCCUUGACGAGUCCGUCUCCGAGAUCGUCACGAGCCGCGGCUACAGGGAGGACGUGAGGCUGAGCAACCUCAAGCUGAUCUUAGGAGUGGUGAUUAUCGUGGUUGCUCUUGUUGCCCAGUUCUACAACAAGAAAUUCCCUGAGAACAGAGACUUUUUGAUUGGAUGCAUCGCAUUAUAUCCUUUAUAA